CCCUGGCUGGGCAUGCGCAAACCGUUGAAUGAGCGCUCGCGCGUGCGCUCUACGUUCCAGUGGGGGGGGGGAAACACAGGAGCAUGAAUGGAGCAAGAUGGCGGACCCUGUGCAGAGUCUAGCUCAGCUAGAGAUCCUGUGCAAGCAGCUAUAUGAGACAACAGACACCAGCACACGUUUGCAAGCAGAGAAGGCUCUAGUGGAGUUUACAAACAGCCCAGAGUGUCUGAGCAAGUGCCAACUGCUCCUGGAGAGAGGCAGUUCCUCAUACUCCCAGCUUCUGGCUGCUACUUGCCUGACCAAACUGGUGUCAAGGAGCAGCAAUCCCCUUCCACUGGAACAGAGGAUCGAUAUCCGGAACUACGUGCUGACAUACUUGGCUACGAGACCCAAGCUUGCCUCAUUUGUUACCCAGGCUCUGAUCCAGCUCUAUGCCCGAAUCACGAAACUUGGCUGGUUUGACUGUCAGAAAGAGGAUUAUGUGUUCAGGAGCGUAAUUGUGGAUGUAACACGCUUCCUGCAGGACAGUGUGGAUUAUUGUGUGAUUGGAGUUAGUAUUUUAUCACAACUGACCAAUGAAAUCAACCAGGCAGAUGCCACUCAUCCCCUGACCAAACACCGUAAAAUUGCCUCAUCUUUCAGAGACUCCUCUCUUUUUGAUAUCUUCACUCUGUCCUGCAACCUUCUGAAACAGGCCUCAGGGAAGUCGCUGCUCCUUUCUGAUGGGUCUCAACAUGACCUCCUCAUGCAACUUCUCAAGCUUACUCACAAUUGUCUGAACUUUGACUUCAUUGGUACUUCUACAGAUGAGUCCUCAGACGACCUCUGUACUGUGCAGAUCCCUACUAGCUGGCGCUCAGCUUUCCUGGACUCCUCCACACUACAGCUCUUCUUCGACCUGUAUCAUUCCAUUCCCCCCAACUUCUCCCCACUGGUUCUGUCCUGUCUAGUUCAGAUUGCCUCUGUACGCCGCUCCCUAUUUAAUAAUGCAGAAAGAGCCAAAUUCCUUUCUCACCUGGUGGAUGGAGUAAAGAGGAUAUUGGAAAACCCACAGAGUUUGUCUGACCCCAAUAAUUAUCAUGAGUUUUGCCGACUCCUUGCCCGUCUGAAGAGCAAUUACCAACUUGGGGAACUAGUCAAGGUGGAGAAUUAUCCUGAGGUCAUCAGACUGAUUGCUAACUUCACAGUCACAAGUCUACAGCACUGGGAAUUUGCACCAAAUUCUGUGCAUUAUCUCCUAAGUUUGUGGCAACGUCUUGCGGCAUCUGUUCCUUACGUGAAGGCGACAGAGCCUCAUCUUCUGGAGACCUACACGCCAGAGGUGACAAAGGCCUAUGUCACAUCUCGCCUGGAGUCUGUGCACAUCAUCCUCAGGGACGGGCUGGAGGAUCCUCUGGAGGAUGCCGGUCUAGUUCAGCAGCAGCUGGACCAGCUCUCUACCAUUGGACGCUGCGAGUAUGACAAGACCUGUGCUCUAUUGGUGCAGCUAUUUGACCAGUCAGCCCAAACCUACCAGGAGCUGCUACAAAGUGGUUCUGCCCCCAGCAUGGAGCUUACUGUUCAAGAAGGCCGCCUUACUUGGUUGGUAUACAUUAUUGGUGCCGUGAUUGGAGGUAGAGUCUCCUUUGCCAGCACAGAUGAGCAGGAUGCCAUGGAUGGGGAACUGGUGUGUCGAGUUUUACAGCUGAUGAACCUCACUGACUCACGUCUAGCACAGGCUGGCAAUGAAAAGCUGGAACUGUCCAUGCUGAGUUUCUUUGAACAAUUCAGGAAAAUAUACAUUGGAGAUCAAGUGCAAAAAUCCUCCAAGCUCUACCGCCGUCUUUCAGAUGUUCUAGGCCUGAAUGAUGAGACUAUGGUGUUGAGCAUCUUCAUUGGCAAAAUAAUUACAAACUUGAAAUACUGGGGCCGAUGUGAACCCAUCACUUCCAAGACUUUGCAGCUUCUGAAUGACUUGUCCAUAGGAUACAGCAGUGUUAGAAAACUGGUGAAACUCAGUGCUGUGCAAUUCAUGCUAAACAAUCACACGAGUGAGCAUUUCUCCUUCCUGGGCAUUAACAGCCAGUCAAACCUGUCGGACAUGCGAUGUAGAACCACCUUCUACACUGCAUUGGGACGACUCCUCAUGGUGGAUUUAGGGGAGGAUGAGGAACAGUUCUCUCAGUUCAUGCUACCACUCACUGCUGCCUUUGAAUCAAUGGCACAAAUGUUUAACACUAACAAUUUCAAUGAGCAGGAGGCCAAGAGGAGCCUUGUUGGAUUGGUGAGAGACCUGAGAGGGAUUGCCUUUGCAUUCAAUGCUAAAAGCAGCUUCAUGAUGCUGUUUGACUGGAUAUACCCAGCCUACAUGCCCAUCCUCCAGAGGGCAUUAGAGCUCUGGUUCCAUGAUCCAGCAUGUACAACCCCUAUUCUCAAACUAAUGGCAGAACUGGUGCAUAACAGAUCACAGAGGUUGCAGUUUGAUGUCUCAUCUCCUAAUGGAAUUCUUCUUUUCAGAGAGACCAGUAAAAUGAUCACAACUUAUGGUAAUAGGAUUUUGACCCUCGUGGAGCUGCCAAAGGAGCAGCUGUAUGUGUUAAAAUUGAAGGGCAUAUCCAUCUGUUUCUCGGUGCUAAAGGCUGCUCUGAGUGGGAGCUACGUAAAUUUUGGGGUCUUCCGACUGUAUGGAGACGAGGCGCUGGAUAAUGCUCUGCAAACAUUUGUCAAACUGCUGCUUUCUGUGCCACACAGUGAUUUACUGGAUUACCCCAAGCUCAGUCAGUCCUAUUACUCGCUUCUGGAGGUCUUGACUCAGGAUCACAUGUCUUUCAUCGCCAGCCUCGAGCCACAUGUUAUCAUGUACAUUCUGUCCUCCAUCUCUGAGGGGCUCACAGCUCUGGACACCAUGGUGUGCACAGGCUGCUGUUCUUGUCUGGACCACAUAGUCACAUACCUCUUCAAACAGUUAUCCCGAACUGGUAAGAAACGAGGAGCCCCACCACCACAAGAGAGCGAGCGCUUCCUGCAUAUUAUGCAGCAACACCCUGAAAUGAUCCAGCAGAUGCUCUCCACUGUUCUCAACAUCAUCAUAUUUGAAGACUGUCGGAAUCAGUGGUCCAUGAGCAGACCUCUCCUUGGUCUAAUUCUCCUCAAUGAGAAGUAUUUCUCAGACUUACGGAGCAGCAUUGUUAGUAGCCAGCCCCCUGAGAAGCAACAAGCCAUGCAUCUAUGCUUUGAGAAUUUGAUGGAGGGCAUUGAAAGGAACUUGCUCACAAAGAAUCGAGACAGGUUCACACAGAAUCUUUCCGCCUUCAGACGAGAAGUGAAUGACUCUAUGAAAAACUCCUCCUGCGGCCCCAACAGUAAUGAGAUGAUGAGCUGACCUCUCCCUUCACCAUCAACCAUGUCUUUCCCCCUUCAUCUCCCUUCCCUUGUACAAAAUCCUGCACAUUUUUUGGUAACAUUUUGAAUUCUUUCUACGGAAAGGGGGAGUAGUAUGGCGAGUGGAUCUCUGCCCCCUCUCCUCUCAGAGUGGAGGUUGGUUGUGUGCUUAAAUGCGAAUGAGAGACACACCAGUUCACCUGGACUGAGCCCCUAUUGAAAAUUACAAAUAUAUAUAUAUAUAUAUAUAUAUAAUGUAUGUAUGUGUCAUUUUGAGUGACCAGUAAGCUCAACCCUCACUUCCCUGCCCCAUCAGCGUGGAUGUAUGGAGGAUUGGCAGAGCAUUACUCUGUUAUGGUAAAGCUCUGCAGAGACUGCACUGAAAGGGUGAAACAGGUUCUGCAAAGACGUUUUGUAAUAAAUAAUCCUCUUUACCGAG